AUGGCCAGGAUUUGCUGUGCCCUGCUGCUCUCGCUGCUGCUGCUCCUGCACGGCCCGGGCGCCGGCGGGGCCCCUCCGCAGCCCCGCGGCACCCUGUGCAGGACCAAGCCCACGGACCUGGUGUUCAUCAUCGACAGCUCGCGCAGCGUGCGGCCGCACGAGUUUGAGAAGAUCAAGGUGUUCGUGUCGCGCGUGAUCGAGGCGCUGGACGUGGGCCCCAACGCCACCCGCGUGGGCGUCAUCAACUACGGCAGCGCCGUGCGCAGCGAGCUGCCCCUGCAGGGUCCCCAGAGCAAGGCGGCCCUGCUGCAGGCCGUGCGCAGGAUCCAGCCCCUCUCCACGGGCACCAUGACCGGCCUGGCCAUCCAGUUUGCCAUCAGCCGCGCCUUCAGCGCCGCCGAGGGCGGCAGGGCCAGCGCGCCCAACUUCAGAAAGGUGGCCAUCGUGGUGACCGACGGCCGGCCCCAGGACGGGGUGCAGGACGUGUCCGCCCGCGCCAGGGCCGCGGGCAUCGAGAUCUUCGCCAUCGGCGUGGGCAGGGUGGACAUGGGCACGCUGAGGCAGAUGGCCAGCGAGCCCCUGGACGAGCACGUGGACUACGUGGAGAGCUACAGCGUCAUCGAGAAGCUGACCCACAAGUUCCAGGAGGCUUUCUGCGUGGUGUCUGACCUGUGUGCCACGGGGGACCACGACUGCGAGCAGGUGUGUGUCAGCACCCCGGGGGCCUACAGGUGUGCCUGCAGGGAUGGUUUCAGCCUCAACAGUGAUGGCAAGACCUGCACCGCUUGCAAUGGUGGCUUGGGCUCUGCUCUGGAUCUUGUGUUCCUCAUCGAUGGCUCCAAGAGUGUGAGGCCUGAGAACUUCGAGCUGGUGAAGAAAUUCAUCAACCAAAUCGUGGAUUCGCUGGAGGUGUCGGACAAGCAGGCCCAGGUCGGGCUGGUGCAGUACUCCAGCUCCGUCCGGCAGGAGUUCCCCCUGGGGCAGUUCAAGAGCAAGAAGGACAUCAAAGCAGCAGUGAAGAAAAUGUCCUACAUGGAGAAGGGGACCAUGACAGGCCAGGCUCUGAAGUACCUCGUUGACAGCUCCUUCUCCGUCAUCAACGGAGCCCGGCCGGGGGUCCCCAAGGUGGGGAUUGUCUUCACUGAUGGACGCUCACAGGAUUAUAUCUCAGAUGCUGCCAAGAAAGCCAAGGACUCAGGAUUUCGGAUGUUUGCCGUGGGAGUGGGCAACGCCGUGGAGGACGAGCUGAGGGAGAUCGCCUCAGAACCCGUGGCUGAGCAUUAUUUCUACACUGCCGACUUCAGGACCAUCAGCAAGAUCGGGAAGAAGCUGCAGAUGAAGAUCUGUGUUGAGGAAGAUCCAUGUGAGUGCAAAUCCAUCGUGAAGUUCCAGACCAAAGUAGAAGACCUCAUCAAUUCCUUGCAGCAGAAACUGGAAGCUGUGGCCAAAAGAAUCGAGGCCCUGGAGAACAAGAUCAUCUAAAACCCCACCCCAGCAGUUUUUCACCUCCUUCCAAAGUAACAGAACCAGAACUGCUCCAUUUUUCAGGGAGAGCAGCUCAGCCCCAGGGCUCUGGGCAGAUUUUAUUAAGGUCUAGGCUACCUGCAUUUGUUUAAAAGGAAGAAUUAUUACAGUAGAGCAGACUUUGUAUAAAGGGCAGAGCACAGGGUGUGACUGACAGUUAGACCAGGCUCAAGUUUCCUGCAUCCUAUAGAGUGCAUAUAUUCA